AGAAACGAAGCAACUCAGUUCAGCCGAGAGAUCCAGUCCACGAUCAAGUCAGCAAACUUUGCUUCAUGGGCAACGGUCGGUUCUCUCAGUUAUUCAUCACCAGUAGGGUUACCUCGACCCGGAUAUGAGAGAUGAAUUAACCGCGGUCUCGAACUCGGGCAUGACGUCAAGAAUCGCGGGAAUUGGUAACCCCCACGGAGUUACCAAUCCCUCUCGAUGGGAUCACAUGCUUCGCCGAAUAAUCGAUCAAGGCAUUGUAGCUGCGAUAUAAAGGCUAGCAGCUGUCCUUCUCCUUUCUUCUCCUCGACCAAAUACACAACCAAACGACAAUAAUGUCAGGGCCCCUCGACACUGUCAAGGACUUCGCUUCCUCCCUCACCGGCCAGGCCACCGCCUCAACCGAAAAGGGCGAGUUCUCCAAACCCUCCGAGUUCCCCACCGAAACCCAGCGCGGCCGCGGCGUCGGUCUCCAAUCCGACAUGAAGAAGCAGCCCGCCACCAACCUCCAAGAAGCCGAGGACGGUUUCACCCACUAUAAAGCCGCCGGCAAACUCGCCGGCAAGUCCGCCCUCGUCACUGGUGGUGAUUCCGGUAUCGGCCGUUCUGUCGCCGUGAUGUACGCCAUGGAGGGUGCUCACGUCGCCAUUAUCUACCUGCCCGAGGAAGAGCAGGAUGCCCAAGAGACCUCCCGUCUCUGCCAGAAAUUCGGCGGAAAGCCCGCGAUCUGCAAACCCUGCGAUAUCCGCUCCGAGACUGAGGUCAACACCACUAUCGCCUCCAUCAUCUCCGCCUUCGGUGGAACCCUCGACAUCCUCGUCAACAACGCCUCGGUCAUGUACGACACCAAGGCUUUAACCGACAUCUCCACCGACCAAUUCGACCGCACGGUCAAAACCAACGUCUACGGAACCUUCUUCGUCACACGUGCCGCACUCCCUUCCAUCCCCAAGGGUGGAAACAUCAUCGUCACAGUGUCCCAAGUCGCAUACUCCGGUUCCCCAACCCUCCUCGAUUACUCCAUGACCAAGGGCGCAGGCGUCGCUUUCGUCCGCUCUUUGUCGCAGAACUUGUUGGAGAAGGGAAUCAGGGUAAACGGUGUUGCGCCCGGACCCGUUUGGACUCCCCUCCAGCCUGCGGCGAUGGAUGAGGAGACCUUGAGCGAGUGGCAUAAGUCCCCUGCUCCUAUGGGUAGGAUUGGACAGCCGAGUGAGUUGGGGCCUGCGUAUGUUUUCUUGGCUAGUCAGGAUGGUUCCUUCAUUUCUGGACAGACCAUUCACGUCAACGGCGGUAAGGUUGUUAACUCUUAA